GUUCAUAAGUAAGUACGUGCUCCGUCAGUCAUCUUUUCGCACCACAAUACAAACGUAUCUGUAAAUUUGUCCGCGAGCCGGACAUUUGUGUUGUACCUCGUGCUUAAAUGUAAUUACUGGUUUUGUUAUUACGUGAAAACCAAGCCGUCAGAGAGCAAUUUUGAAAAUUUUUGAGAAAAGAAUGGAUAAUCCAUUACCACAUAUUAUGGAAAGCGUGGAUUGUGAUGGUUCAACAAAGCCGAAAGACAGGUUAGUCAGCCUUCUUGAUCAGAUCGAAGUGCAUGUAGAACAACUGAGGAAAGAUGCUUGGAGACUCGAAGAAGAGAGAGAUACACUCCUGACUACCUUAGACACACUUAGAAACAAUGAAAUUUUAAGUGGAUUAGAUGAAACUGACAAGGACGAUGUGUUGAGGUAUGCUGAAAGAUUGUCUAUGCGAUGUUUAACAGUUGAUGUGUUGGUUAAAAUUCAGCGUGAUCAAAUUCAAGAAGAAGCACUACAUCAGGUAAAUGGUUUGAUAGAUAGUUUAGUUGUUGGCCUCCGUGAUGAUCCAGCUGGAACUCGGCAACGUUGUGCAUCUUUUAUGAAUGCUUGUACUUCACAAAGCGUUGGCCAUUCUGAUAAAACCUUUGAAACUGCAAUUCUUGGGUGUACUAUGGAUGAUCAGAAACGAAUAAAAAAGAGACUGCAGGGACUAUUAGAUUAUAUUGAUAAAAUGCACACAAUUAAAUUACUGUGAAGCUGUAUUUGGAAUAACUGAUUUUAAAAGAAGUCAGAUAAGUAACUCUUUAAAUCAGUAAUUAAUACGACCUAGUUAUCUGAAAAGAGAUUUGAAAAAAACUGAUUAUAGCAGGGUGCUUGAUAAUUCAAUAAUGUUUAUGGUAAAUGUACAAAAAGUAUCAUAUAUUAUGAGUUUUUUCUCUACAUGUAAUAUUUCUACGCCUUGCUAUCUGGACAAAUAAGCUUUUAUGCAUAUUACACUUGUAUAUGCACGUUAAUUAUGAUAGGAAAUUAUUAUACUAUAACAAAUAAUAAAUAUUUCCGAAUUUACUUAAAAGAUUCUGAGAAUUAAAAUUGUUUAUUUUCGAAAUAAAUGAUUAUAACCUACAGGGUAUCCUAUGUAAUGCGACUCGCUAUUUCUUUGCCAUUUGUCAUGUAACAAAAGAUGUUUUAAACCAUACUUUGAUGUUGUCGAGCGUACUACGAAUGAUGAUAGAAAGAAUUCCAAAAAUACUUCGUUUUAAUAAAUGAAAGUAGUGUCACCUUAAUUAACACAAAUAGUAUUAUAUGUUGCUUUUUCUAUGAAAUUGUAGAGGAUUUUAUGAGAAAUUCAAAAAACAUAUUUCAUUAUAUUUUUAUUAACUCAAUACUAGAUUCAUUGUAGUGGAAGUAAUAUUUCACUUGCUGAUGCGUUUCAGAAUUAUUUACGUUUCAUAAGGAAGGAAUUACAUCAUGUAGAGUUGUACAUCUAGCCACUCUAAUAACAAAAUAAUAACUUUCUACAAAAGAAAUAAGAAAUUAAAUCAUAUUAUUUCUCGUGCAGUUCUUUAAAAUGGUCAAUACAAUAAACUGAUAUAGGCGAGAUGCUGAUAAACGGGUCAAACGUGAUCUCUUACAUCUGAAGAAUACUUAGAAAUAAAAAGAAGUCGCAGCGCGCGUAAUAAUCCGCGCUUGGAUGCAAAUAGGUUAAGGAACGGUUCAAAACAUUUUUUGUUACAUGGCCGCAAAUGGCAAAAAAGAAUAAUAAGUAGCGUUAUGCGGGGCCCCCUGUAUGUAGAUAUUGGAGCAUAAUAUGUUGAGCAUAAUAACUUCACUAGAAUCUAUAUUUGAAAAGAAGUAAAGCGGAUAAUAUAAGUACAUGGAAAGCUUGAUAUUUUGUGGUAGUUGAUUUGUAACGAUUUGAUUGUGGAUAAAUAAAAACAAGAAGUCAUUAAAAUUAAAAACAUUUUGUUAUGUACAGGGUGUACAAAGAAGUUGGGGGAAAACUUUAGGGCAUGUAGUAUUCAUUAAAAUAAGAAAAAGAAUCUUAAUAAACAUCUAUCUAAAAAUCAUUAGUUUUCGAGUUAUGAGAUGUUUAGUGUAUGAAAAUAUAGCGUAUAUUAAACCAGUUGCUUUGUUAAAUGAAUUGAUAUAACAAAUCGAAAAUUGCUGUCAAGAAAUAAGGGAAGGGCAUCUUUCAUUGUGUGCGUAAUUCUAU